GCUUGAGCGUGUGGGAUAGCUUGUUACUCGCUCCCGGGUGAUCGUUCCUGGCACUGUAAUCGUCUUGGUCCUCUCUCAGUCAGCAUAUUGAAAGUUCUGCAGUAAAAAGAAUUGCUUAGCAUCCGUCGUUCCAACAUGUUUUCGACUAACGUUCGCGCGACAAAAACAAAGCAUCACCGGCAUCUGCAAUGAUGAUCGUGGAGAUAAGGAAAAUACGACGUCGAAGAUGAUGAUGAUGAUGAUGACGGAAAAAUAAACACAACCAAUUCUCCCCUCAUAAACUUUCCGCUUUACGAGAAAAGAAAAAGAUAAGAUAGAAAAAAAAACUCGAUUUCCCCUACGUUUGUUGAUCGAGAUAGAAUCGCCGCUUGUAUAGAGGAGUCUGCUGGGGAAGAGAUUCCCCAAGACCGAGCCAAGUAGUUCCCCGCCACACUCCUCCACCACCGCAAUGUUUUCCUCGUUGAAAUCUUGUAGUUGGACCCGAAAGAUGGCGGCUCUCGUCCUCCUCCUGUGGACCCACGUGGCGGUUACAGGGGGGACUGUGUCAGAGGAGCCCAGCUUCGUCGAGCCCAUUGAGAAUGUAACAAUCGCUGCUGGGAGGGACGUCAAACUCUCCUGCGUCGUCGACAACCUGGGCACGUACAAGGUCGCAUGGAUAGCCUUCGACAAGUCAGCUAUUCUGACUGUCCAGGACACGUGAUCACGAGGAAUCCCAGGGUGAACGUCACCCACGACGGCCACAGAACCUGGACUCUCCACCUGUCAAGGGUCAACGCCACAGACGCUGGCACCUACAUGUGUCAGGUCAACACCAUCGUAGCCAAGAGCCAGUUUGGCGUUCUCAACGUGGUCGUUCCGCCGAACAUCAUCGACAGCGAGAGUUCGGGGGGGACGUGAUGGUACAAGAAAAGUGCCAACAUCACUCUCACCUGUAGUGCCACUGGUACCCCUACCCCUUCCAUAACAUGGCGGAGAGAAGAUCACUUGGACAUCAACAUCAACAAAACGAUGCAAGUGAGAGAAUACAACGGCGCCCACUUGCCUCUGAACAAGAUAAGUCGGAUGGACAUGGCUGCGUAUCUUUGCAUCGCCCGCAACGGCGUUCCUCCCAUUGUCAGUAAAAGAAUACAAGUCAGCGUCGACUUUCCUCCAAUGAUGAGCAUCCCGCACCAGCUUGUGGGAGCACCUUUAGGAUAUAGUAUCACUCUCGAAUGUACCAUCGAAGCUCAUCCUCCGGCAUUGACUUACUGGACUCUAGGACAGGGGGUCAUGUUACACCAUGGGCGUAAAUACCACAUCAGCGAGAGGGUAGGGGACGUCUCUUAUCGCACCCACAUGAAGCUCACAAUUAAGAGCCUCCGGAAGAACGAGGACUACGGCUCCUACAGAUGCGUUGCCAAAAACUCCCGAGGAGAAACGGAAGGACUCAUCAAAUUAUACGAGACCGAUCCGCCUACACCGGCGCCCACAAGCCCCCCUUCUUACCUGGACAAGCUCUUCAAAGACAUCCACUUCAAGACGAACAGCAUCUCCGGGAAGGGCGAAGACGACAAACUCUUCGGCAACCACUUCGAGGAAGGACCCGACCGGGAGUACUCGGCCGUCGGGAACCAGAUCGAGGAGGAGCACGACCCCUUCCUCAUCGGAGGGGGGGAAGGGGGGAGGACAGGGAGCUCCCACAUGGAGGACAGGGUGAGGACGGAGGAGGAGAGUCGGCUGGAGAGAGGGAGGACUCCAGACGAGGAACAGGGACAAUAUUACACCAAUAUGUUCAACGACUCGCCAGCAGCGGCUCAUCCUUCCAGCGUCUGGCCACUACACCUUCUCUUAACAGUGGGAAUGAUUCGACCCCUUCAUCUGCUCUUGUGAUGGAGAGGGACCUGUCGCAU